AUGAUUCUGUCACAUAGAGAGCUCCAUGCGCGGGCGUUCACGCUCCUGCGCGGCCUCUCACGGCGCGUGGACGGCGGUUUCCCGCCCGCCUGGUCCUCGGGGGCGUGCGCGUCCGCUCCGCCCCGCCUCUCCUGGUGGGCUUCGGGCGCCCGCGGCCUCUCGAACGCGCAGCCCGACGCCGCGCACCCGCUCCCGGACGACGACGUCGCGGACACCCUCCGCGUCGCGCGGCUCGUCGAGUCCCUGCGGAACCGCGGCCACCUCGUCGCCCAGCUCGACCCCCUGAGGCGCGUCCAGCGUGGACCCUGGCUCGAGGAGCUCAACGGGAGCUCGCUGCCGGGCUCCACGGACCUCCUGCCGCUCCUCGAAGCGUAUCCGCAGCACGGCACCCCGGACGAGAAGGCGCGCUUCCUCGCGGACGCCCUCGGGCUGCAGGGGCCGACCGACGCGAGCCGCAAGUUCUACCUGGACGGGUACAUGCGGACCCUGGACGGCGGCGAGCGCGCGUGGUGGACGCUGCCGCAGGUGUUCGAGUACCUCGGCAGCGCCUACUGCGGCACGGCGACGGCGGAAAUCGGGCACCUGCACACCGUGGAGCAGCAGAACUGGCUCUCGGCGCGGAUGGAGAACCGCGCGGCGCGGUCUCCGAACGAGCGGCGCGAGACCCUGAAGUCCCUUCUCAAGGCGUGCCUGUUCGAGAAGUUCCUGGGCGCGAACUUCCCGGCGAGCAAGCGGUUCUCGCUCGAGGGGUGCGACGCCUUCGUGCCGGGGCUGGAGGCGCUGCUCACGCGGUGCCGCGAGCUCGGCGUCACGCGCGUGGAGAUGGGCAUGGCGCACCGCGGGCGCCUCAACGUGCUGCACAACGUGCUGCAGAAACCCAUGGGGAUGAUCUGCUCCGAAAUGAACGGGGACUUUUCCGAGUUCCACGUGGGCGAUGUCAAGUACCACAUGGGCGAGGAGGCGACGCUGCUGGUGCGCCGGAGCCCCGAGGCGCGGUACUUCUCCGGGCGCAUGAUCCAGCACGCGGACGAGCGCGCGGGCGGCGCCGAGCGCACGCUCACGCUCUCGCUGGCGCCCAACCCCUCGCACCUGGAGGCCGUCUCCCCGGUCAUCCUCGGGAUGGUGCGCGCGCAGCAGACGCGCAUGAAGGAGCACGUGGGGCGGCAGGCGAUGAUGGGCCUGCUCGUGCACGGCGACGCGGCGUUCUCGGGCCUAGGGUCGGUGAUGGAGACCCUCAACCUGUCGGACGUGCCCGGGUUCAGCACGGGCGGGACGGUGCACAUCGUGAUCAACAACCAGGUGGGGUUCACGACGGUGCCGUCGGUGGCGCGGUCCGCGCUGCACUGCACGGACAUCGCGAAGACCACGGGCGCGGCGAUCCUGCACGCCAACGCGGACGACCCGGACGGCGUGGCGUUCUGCUGCGAGGUGGCCGCGGAGUUCCGGUCGCAGUUCAGCACGGACGUGGUCGUGGACAUCACGGGGUACCGGCGGCACGGGCACAACGAGCUCGAGGACCCGCGCCCGACCAUGCCCAACACGUACGACGCGGUGUCGCAGCACACGGGCGUGACGAAGAGCUACGGGGACCGGCUGCUCGCGGACGGGGUGGUCACGGAGGAGGAGAUCGAGCAGUGGAGGGCGGAGAUCAUGGCGACCUUCGAGGAGGGGCUGCGGCUGGCCAAGGAGGGGGCGUUUGAGCAGGGGGCGGGGGAGUAUGUGCAGCAGACGUGGCAGGGCGACGCGCUGGCGUCGAUCCUCGACGACGACACCUUCAACGACACGGAGCCGACGGGGCUGCCGGUUCCGACGCUGCAGUGGGUGGGCCGCUCGCUGACGACGCCGCCGCCACGCAUGCACCUGCACCCCGACACAGAGAAGCUGCUGCAGAAGCGGCGGCGGAUGAUCGAGGGCGACAAGCAGCGCAUCGACUGGGGCAUGGCCGAGGCGCUGGCGUUCGGGACGCUCGCGCUGCACCGCGGCGUGCUGCCGCCCGGAGUGGCGGGCGACGACCAGUACUUCGAGCCGUCGCUGGGGCUCAACAAGGGGCACUACAAGGUGCGGCUGACGGGGCAGGACGUGGAGCGCGGGACGUUCAACCACCGGCACGCGGUCCUGCACGACAUCCGCACCGGCGAGCAGCGGAUGCCGCUCAACAUGAUCGCGCCGGGGAAGCAGGAGACGAUCGAGGUGCACAACAGCCCGCUGAGCGAGAACGGCCCGCUGGGGUUCGAGUACGGGUUCAGCCUGGGCAUGAAGAAGCGCGGGCUCACGAUCUGGGAGGCGCAGUUCGGGGACUUUGCCAACAACGCGCAGGUGGUGAUCGACCAGUUCAUUUCGUCGGGGGAGGAGAAGUGGGGGACGGAGUCGGGCCUCGUCGUGCUCCUGCCGCACGGCCUCGACGGGCAGGGGCCGGACCACUCGAGCGCGCGCAUCGAGCGCUACCUGCAGAUGGUCGCGGACGACCCCGACCACCUGCCGGGCAACUCGCCGUCGGAGCGCGCGCAGAUCCGGGCGACCUUCGAGAGCCUCGCGGCCGAGUCCGGCACCGACGGGGUUCUCCAGAAGGACGACAUCGCGCGGCUGCUGGACCGGCUCGGGCUGGUGGGGCAGGCGGAGGAGAUGGACUCGGUGGACCACGUGUGGCGCGAGCUGGGUCUGACGGACCACCUCGACCUGGACGCGUGGAUGGCCAUCAUGACCACGUUCCUCCGCAGACAGCACGAGCGCCGCGCCAACAUGUUCGUCGUCAACUGCACUACCCCGGCCCAGUACUUCCACGUCCUGCGUCGCCAGGUCAACCGGUCCUACCUGAAGCCGCUCAUCGUCGCGGCCCCCAAGUUCCUGCUGCACCACACGCCGUGCACGUCCGACAUCCAGGACUUCGCGCCGGGCACGUUCUUCCACCGCGUGAUCGACGACGGCUCCGGCAUCGCGGACAACACGCGCCACCGGGCGUACAACCCCACCACGGGGGAGUCCUACUUGUACGAGAACGAGCGGAUCCGCCGCGUGAUCCUGUGCACCGGCCAGGUGUACUACUCGCUCUCGCGGCUGCGGCAGCGCAUGAAGGUCAAGGACAUUGCGCUCGUGCGGCUCGAGCAGAUUGCGCCCUUCCCCCACGACCGCGUGACACGCGUCAUCGCGCGGUACCCGAACGCGGAGCUCGCGUGGGUGCAAGAGGAGCCGAAGAACAUGGGCGCGUGGAUGUACGUCAAGGACCGCCUUCGGGCGUCGAUCGACGCCCUGUGCAGCAACAAGCGCGACGUGCACUACGUGGGCCGCCCGCCCAGCGCGUCCCCGGCCACGGCGUCGAUGGGGAUCCACCUGAAGGAGACCAGGGAGGUGCUCGAGGCCGCGUUCCAGACGAACCUGAGGCCGGACAACGACUGA